AUGGGAUCUUGGUGUAAAAAACCAAACUUGGCUCGCUAUCAACCUUCCGGAUUAGAUUCAUUACGUUCGGAUGGCUCUCGAAAGAGAAUGGAGAAUAAUAAUAAUACAACAGCAGAAACAACAGCAGUAGUAGAAGAGUCAACAGGAUGUACUAUAUUCUGCGCAAAGUUGAAAGGAAUCAAGAAUACAUCACCUGCUAAUAUCUUGUCGAGUCGUGCAGUCUUUUCAUCACCAACAUCAUCCAUCAUAGCUACAGGUACUGAUAUAGUAAACUUGAAUAUUAAAUUCCCAAACAAUUAUACAAAGAAAAGUACAAAGAUUAAAGGUAUACCUGCACCCAUUCAAAUAGAUGAAUGUAUUGGUGAAACAAUCAUUGAUUCAAAGUUGACAAGGGAGAUUCAAUCGAUUGCAUAUUCAAGAGGAGGAACUGGUAGCAGCUUAGAUACAUUGGCAGUAAUAGAUAACAAAGGAAAUAUCUCUGUGUUUGAUAAUACUGUCAAUGGUGAUACUGGCAUAUCUACACUAAACUUUAGAUAUAGUAUCACAUCAGACAACAAGAGUGAACCUGGAUGGUGUGGUGUUUCAGUCAACCAUACAUCACCCAAUAUCAUUGCAUCAUGUUCAUUCUACGAUAAACAAGUUCGUAUCUAUGACAACGGUAAACUAGUAUCCUCAUAUAGUCUUGCCAAUCAUCCAACUCAAAUAGCAUACCUUCAUAAAGACGAUUCUCACUUGUUGGCAGUCUCUGAACAAAAUCAAUUAAAUAUCAUUGAUACUAAAACAAAAGAAAUCAUUCAAAAAUUCAUUCCAACAACAUCAAAUAUUUAUUCAUUGGAAACAUCAACAAAUGGAUUGGUAGCAGUUGGAGGUGAAGGUAGAACAAUACAUGUAUAUGAAUCAAAGAGAUGGGCAAAUGUUGGUAAUUGGUCUGGCUGUUUGAAAUAUGAAAUCACUGGAAUCAACUUUUCCGAUAAACUAAAAGGUGUUUGCUAUGUCAGUGGAAUGGAUUCAGAGAUUUUAGCAGGUGACUAUGAUGGAUCCAGUGGAUCAGACCACUUUGCAGGAAUCCGUGUAGAUUCGAGAUGGUUAGGUAUCACCAAACUCAAUGGACAUGAAUCAUUAUUUGGAUUUACUUCAUCUGGUGGUCUAUAUUGGGUACAUGAUGCCGAUAAACUAUAUGCCGGUAAAAAGAUUAUCACCAAAUUAACAGGUUCCAAACAUCAAAAAGAAAAUAUUAAUAACAAUGGAGAUCAAUCAACCAAUUCAUCUGGUACAAACUCACCAAAACAUAUUAAUAAAAAAUCAAAACAACAAUAA